AUGGACUGUUUUUUAACAUACAAUCUCUCGUGUGUCAAUGGUACUUUUGCUCAGUUCAAUACGUCGUCAGUUAUAUUUGGAGACGUAAUCGAUCCAAGUGUUAUAACCGAUGGCGACAGUUCAAACAACGACCUAACAGCAUCAACAGAUCAUCCAAUAUCAUCAUCGAUACUUGUGUCUGUACAACAUUGUAUAUUAACAGCAAUUAUUCUUGGUACAAUUAUAUUAGCGACAAUAACUGGAAAUAUACUAGUUAUAGUUGCUGUUAAAAUCGAAAAAAGUCUUCAUUCAGUUGCCUAUUAUCUUUUUGUAUCAUUAGCCGUAGCUGAUUUAAUGGUAGCUUCUAUGGUUAUGCCAAUAGCUGUACUAAAAGAAGUGACACGUUCAUGGGUACUUGGAUCAAUAGUUUGCGAUGCUUGGGUUAUGAUUGAUUUACUUUGUUGUACGGCUUCUAUAUUACAUCUUGUUGCCAUUGCACUCGAUCGAUAUUGGGCUAUUACUAACUUGGACUAUGCAACAAAACGUACACCUGCUCGUAUUCUUAUUCUUAUAUGUAUUAUAUGGGCAACAUCCAUACUUAUAUCAAGUUCUCAUCUAUUUCCUAUAUUUCGUGACAAACGUGGUCGUCCACCAGGUCAAUGUCAUUUAAUUGGCAAUGUACCAUAUACUAUUAUAUCCACAAUUGGAGCUUUUUAUAUUCCUCUUAUUGGUAUGUGUAUUAUUUAUUGGAAAAUUUUUCAAGCUGCUAAAUUUCGUAUACGUCGAAAAGCAUUCAAUCCUGAUCGUACUAUACCACUACCAUCAUCAAGUAUGAGAGCAACCGUAACAUCAACAUUAAUUCAUAAUCCACAUGAUGUUUUAUUAUCUUCUGAAAUUGCAACAUUAAAUCAUGAAAUAGCAUUAACAGAUAAGACUAAAUAUCAAUCAUUUUCUCCAUUACAAUCAAAAAAACGACAUUCAAAAAAACAUCCUCAUUUAUCUAAUCAUCAUCCAUUUGAUAUUGAGACAGAUGCGUCAACAAAUCAAUCUAAUAAUGAUUAUCAAUUAAAAAAGCUUAAAAAGACUUCGUCUUCUUAUACUAAAAAGAAACAUGAUAGUAUUAUAACUACAACAGAAACAACAACAACAACACCUGUUAUUCAAUUAUCUACAACAAAUCGUUUCAAACAAGAACAUGAUGAAUUACAUCGAAUUAAUUCAACACCUUCACCUGGGUCAACACGUCGUUUAACAACAUCAACAUCUAAUAAAGAUUCACCAAAAUCAAUCGAUAGAAUAAAUAAUUCAUUAGUAAUAUCAAAUUCUUAUCCAUCAGAUUCAACACAUACUAUUGAUACAUCAACAAUAAAAUCAAUAACAAAAACUUGUUUAACUAAUAUAAAUGAUAUUAAUUCUCAUAACAAUAACAAUAAUAAUAAUAAUAAUAAUAAUAAUAAUAUAAAAAUUGUAACAAAAUCUCCAAGUUCAGCAUCACGUAAAAAAAUUGAUAUUAAACGUGAACGUAAAGCAACUAAAGUUCUUGGUGUUGUUAUGGGUUGUUUUAUAUUAUGUUGGUUACCAUUUUUUAUUGAAGAAACAAUAUGUGGUUUAUUUCAUUUAACAAUAAAUGAAAAAAUUAUUAGUGUUUUAACAUGGCUUGGAUAUUUAAAUAGUCUUUUAAAUCCUGUGAUUUAUACAAUAUUUUCACCUGAUUUUCGGCAAGCAUUUGGAAAAAUUUUAUUUGGAAAAUAUCGUAAAAGAAGACGAACAAAGAAAUAA